CGCCUGCUCAUCCUCACUGAUGGUGUGCAGAACAAGGGGGACAUAAAAAAAACCUUCUGAAACUAAAAACAUCCAUAUCCUUUUUCUUAAAAAACCAACAACAAAAAAUUCAUCAUGAGCUACGAUACCUUCUUCUCCUACCGCCGCCCUUGGGACAGCUACAGAGGCUCCCAAUACACCACCAAAUCCUCCAUGUCUUCCUCUCUCUACUCCUCUCCUGGAGCUCCUGCGCCUGGGAAGAGGAUCCUGAGGCUGGCCUCCUCUUCCCUGCCAGACGCUUCUGAACGGAUGGACAUGGCUCAGGCUAGCUCCCUCAACUCAGAGCUGCUGGGCCUGCGGUCCCAGGAGAGGGAGCAGCUCGGGGACCUAAAUGACCGCUUUGCCACCUACAUCGACAAGGUGAGGCACCUCGAGCAGCAAAACCGAGCCCUGCUGGCCGAGCUGGAGGCGCUGAGGCGGCGGCAGAAUGACCCGUCCCGUCUGCAGACGCUAUAUGAGGGGCAGGCGCGGAGCUUGAGGGCCACGAUAGACUCGGAGAACGGGGAGAAGAUGCGGAUGGAGGCGGAGAGAGACUACCUGCGUGACGUGCACGAGCAGAUGAAGGAACGAUUUGAAGAGGAGGCGAGGCGGCGCAUGGAUGCUGAGGAGGCCCUGCAGAGGGCCAAGGAGGACGCCAGCAGGGCCGUGCUCACCAACUGUGACGCCGAGGCCACUGUGGUCUCCCUGUGUGAUGAGAUAGUGUUCCUGAAGAAAGUGUUUGCAGAGGAGCACGAGGAGCUGCAGGCCCAGCUGCAGGUGGCUAACAUCAGCGUGGAUGUGGAGGUGUCCCGGCCUGACCUCUCCACCGCCCUGCGAGACAUCCGGGGUCAGUACGAGCGGCUGGCCAACAAGAACAUGCAGGCGGCCGAGGACUGGUACAAGAGCAAGUUCGCCAGCGUGGCGGAGAUGGCAAGCAAAAACAACGAGGCCGUGCACGCCAUCCGGGAGGAGACCAUGGAGUACCGGAGGCUGCUGCAGUCCCGCUCCUCUGAGAUUGAAUCUCUGCGUACCUUCAUCGAAUCCCUACAUAAACAGCUGGAGGAUCUGGAAGACACGCAGACCAAAGAGGUGUCAAAGUACCAGACGAGGAUAAGUAAGUUGGAGCGGGAUAUCACCGACGCCAAGCAGGAGAUGGUGUGCUACCUGAGAGAUUACCAGGACCUUCUCAAUGUGAAGAUGGCCCUUGACAUCGAAAUAGCUGCAUACAGGAAACUUCUUGAGGGGGAGGAGAUUCGUCUGACUUACCCUUCCCUUUCCGCCCUAAACUAAAUGCCACCAGCCUGGCAUCCACCUGAAUACUUCACCCCUUUUUGUUGUGUUCUCCCCUCUACCACCUUUGCCCCCCCCCCCCCCCCCCCCCCCCAAAAUAGCCCUUCCAUCCUUUACUCUUCCCAAAAACAAAAAAAAUCGCAAACCAAAGCUCAUCGUUCUCAAGAAAGAUGCGCCCUUGUGCUAAACAAGAGGUCCACCAGAAGUCCCCCUUCUUCUACACACGUUCUGACAUCGCACAUCACGAAGAUGGCAGACUAUAAAAAUGCAGAGUGGCUGCACUGCAUAAGCAACAUAAAGCUAAGUCGGGCAGCAGUAAUGUUUUGGCUGAGUUCCUCUUUCUGUCUUACGCGUUAAGGUCCAAACAGCAGAGUUACUAUUUGACUCUUCUGUUGUGCAAACAUUUGACCAAUUGUUUGUGAAGGAUGUCCCUUUUAUCUCUGGAUGCUUGGACUUUAUCUGCGUUUGAAUUGAUGCAAGAAACAUGCAGCGUUAUUAACCGGGAACUCUACCAAUCCAUCAUGCAUUGUCCUGCAAACCUGGUUCUCUAUAGUCAGUGAACCUGUAACCUUAAAUACAUUUAUUUUCACUAUAUUAAAGACAAAGUGUUGUCCUUUUAAGUUAGUCGUCCUCUGCAUUUACACUGAUACUACUCGUUUGGUUGGUUUUAAACCAGAAUAUGUUUGGGUUUUUCUAUUUGGCCAGUUAAUUAAAUUUCUAAUUUAAAUUAAAACUGUAAUUUCUUGCAUAGGUUCUGGACAUGUAAAUGCUGUGGAAGACUAAUUGUUACAGUUUCUUCUUAUAUUCAUGCAGUGUGUCUCACAGCUUAUCUGCAUUAGAUUUUCUGUUCUGUGAGUUCAUUCAAAGCUAAACAAUGAAACUGAAAGAUAAGUGCAGGAGCUCCUUGUUGUUCGUCUGACAGUGUUAUAUCUAAAUGGUGCUUUACAUCUGUGAAACUAAAACUAAGUACCCACCAUUAAGCUCUAUGUAACAGCCGGCAACAAGCUGAAUAAACAUAUAACUGACCUGCAAACCUG